AUGCCUUCUCUUUUCCCCCUCGAGGACACUCGCGAUCUGAUAUGUGCACCAGGGACAGUUAUCGAUAUCGGAGGUGGUCGUUUAGAGCUCUCACUCAAGGAGUUAACUGAAUAUCAAUUCUUGGGCUUCAAUGACGGGCAUCCACGCGACCUCCCAACUGGACUUUUCUAUAACACCAAAGGGUUACAGAUUUGGGGGGAUAUCACCCGUUUGCCAGGAUACCGCCAAACCGAGGAUGAGAUCAAUCUCUUGCAUACCUUUAAAGACCAGAUCGCAAACUGGAUAGUAGAAGGAUGCACCAUCGUUGACAUGGGUAGUGGGGACACGCGGAAGGUAUUGCCUCUCUUGGCUCAUCUCGAACGCCUAGGAGUGGAAGUGCAAUACUUCGCUCUCGACCUUUCCAAGGAGGCGUUGGAACAGACGAUGGCAGAGCUUGCUCCUGAGUUUCAACAUAUACGAUGCUUCGGCUUGUGGGGUGCAUUCAGCGAUGGCUUAAACUGGCUAAGGACAGUGAAGUCUCCCAAGCUCAUCCUUUCCCUCGGAUCAAUGUUUGGAAACGAUGAAUUUUCUCUUGCCGUGUCGAGGCUAGAGGAGUGGAAACAGGUCAUGGGCCCCGAUGACUUGAUGCUCCUGGGUCUGGAUGCUUGCACUUACCUACCAGAGCUUUGGGAUUCAUACCAUGAUCCAAGCAAAGUAUGGGAAAGCUUCGUUCGAAACGGGUUGGAGUAUUCAAACGAGGUCUUGGAGUGCAAUUGGUAUAGAGAAGAAGACUGGGACGUUACCGGUCGUAUCGACGAAGUGCCAGAUGUUGUCCACAGGUUUUCUAUCGUCGCCAAGAGAGACAUUUACUGCCCACCCCUCGGUCUGUACUUUUCAGCUGGUGAAGAAGUUGACUUUUUCGAGGCGUGGAAAUAUGGGCCAGAGAGAAUGAGAAGCCAGUUCAAGCUAGCUGGGUUCGACGAGCUUUACAAGUGGCAAACCCCUGGAAAUCGCCCAUUUUUCGAAUAUCUUCUGGCCAAUGCCGAUUUUGGUAAGAAUUAA